AGGUCCAGAUAAAUUAUCUGCGUGAGAAUGACUCCACCAUGGUUGACCCAGAGAUUGUCAGCAGAUCCAGAGAUGAAGAGAAGCAAAAGAUUGUUAGAAUGUUGGUCAAAGAACAAGCUAACAAUAAGGAUCCGAUGGUCGUUCCCAUUGUUGGAAUGGGUGGGUUGGGUAAGACCACCCUAGCUCAGCUCAUCUAUAAUGACCCUGAAGUGAAGAAGCAUUUCCACCAACUGCUGAAGUGGGUCUGCGUGUCAGAUGAUUUCGAUGUUUGUAACCUUGCCAACAAGAUCUGUAACGCUUCUGAGAGCAACCUGGAGAAUGCCUUGCAGAACCUUCAGAGAGAACUCGCUGGAAAGAGGUACCUUCUUGUAUUGGACGACGUCUGGAAUAAGGAUGCUAACAAGUGGAACAAGCUGAAUGCCUGUCUUAAACAUGGUGAUGUUGGUAGCGCCAUACUAACGACAACCCGUGAUAAAGAAAUAGCUCAACUCAUGGGUACAGUUGAAGAACAUGGCAUUGCACGUUUGGACAAUAAAUUCAUCAAGGAAAUUAUUGAGGCUAAAGCAUUCAUUUCGCAAGAGAGAAAACGAGCUGAUUUAGCUGGCUUGGUUGAUGACGUUGUUGACAGAUGUGCAGGGUCUCCAUUGGCAGCGAAGGCACUAGGAUCUGUACUACGUGGCAAGACAACGAAAGAAUGGGAGGCUGUGCUUAGCAAAAGCAUCGCCCAUAACAAGGACGAUCAAAUCCUGCCUAUUCUCAAGCUCAGUUACGAUGACCUGCCAUCACACAUGAAGCAGUGCUUCGCUUUCUGUGCUGUGUUUCCCAAGGACCAUGAGAUUGACGUGGAAAGGCUGAUCCAACUAUGGAUGGCAAAUGACUUUAUUCCCGAACAAAAAGAUGGUCAUCAUGAAACAAUUGGUAAACAGAUUUUCAGUGAGCUGGUCUCAAGGUCAUUCUUUCAAGAUGUGAAGCAAGUCAAAGGUUCAAGAUAUGGUUCCGUGUAUUGGUAUUUCUCUACAAGUACAUGUAAAAUCCAUGAUCUUAUGCACGAUGUGGCACUAUCUGUCAUGGGCAAAGAAGUUGCUACCAUAACUGAGAAGCCAAAGCAGAGUGAUGAGUUUCUUCAGAACACUUGUCGUCAUAUAUUGUUAUCAUGUAAGAAGCCAGAGGCCGUUUUGAAUGAUUCUCUGAAUAUAAGGUCUCCAGCUAUGCAAACACUACUAUGUGAUGAGGACAUAGAAAGUUCCCUGCAGCAUCUCGCAAAAUACAGCUCUCUGCGUGCAUUGAGACUUUGUCAAAUUAAGAGCACAAUCCUUUUGAAACCAAAGCAGCUACAUCUCUUGAGGUAUCUUGAUAUCUCCGGUAGUGAUAUAGUGGCACUUCCGGAAGAUAUCAGCAUUUUGUACAAUCUGCAAACAUUGAAUGUUGCGUACUGUCAGAAACUUGGCCGGCUUCCAAAGGGAAUAAAGUACAUGACUGCCCUCCGUCACCUCUACACUCACGGAUGUAGGGAGUUGAAGCGCAUGCCACCAGAGGUUGGACAUCUCACUUCCCUACAAACACUUACAAAUUUUGUAGUGGGUGCAUGCCCUGAUUGCAGUAGUAUUGCAGAGCUGCAGCAUUUAAACAACCUUGGUGGUCCACUACUGCUUAGUCAACUCGAAAAUGUGACAAAAGCAGCAGAUGCAAAACAGGCCAAUCUUGGAAAUAAAGAGGAGCUCAGGGAAUUGUCAUUAAACUGGACGUGGACAGGUAGUCAGGAGGAGAAACUACAUUGUCAUAAGGUGCUGGAGGGUCUCGAAGCUCCUCCUGGACUAGAGGCUCUGAGGAUAGAGGAUUACCAAGGAACCAGUUUCCCAACGUGGAUGGGUACGCUGACAAAAAUGGUGGAGCUUCAUGUUUCUAACUGUAACAAGUCCAAUAAGCUUCCUCCACUUAGGAGUGUACCAGCUCUACAAGUUCUUCGUCUGAAAAGAUUGAAAAAACUGGAAAGCUUGUGCAGUGGUGGUACAUUCUUUCACUUUCCUAAUCUGAAGGAGCUUACGCUGGACGAACUGCCGGAAUUUGAUAGAUGGUGUGAAGUAAACUGGGUCCAAGGAGAACAGAUAAUGUUUCCUCAACUUGAGAAGUUGUUUAUUACAAAUUGUGGAAAGGUUACAGCAUUACCAGGGCCAGCACUUCUCGGAGGAUCGUGCAGUGGAGAUUACAAGGAGCAAGACGAGAGGAAGCUUUGGUCGGCAUUUCCAGUCCUGAAGGUACUCGAAUUAAAAUGCUUAGCAAAGUUUCAGAGGUGGGGGGGCGCUGCUGAAGCAACUCAAGGGCAGCAGAUAAUAUUUCCUCAGCUUGAAGGGUUAUCAAUCGAAAAGUGCCCCGAACUGGCAGCAUUACCAUCAGCUACAUCUCAGGGAGUAUCAUUUGACCAUAGUGAUGUUACAGCAUGGUCAGCAUUUCCAAAGUUAAAGAAGCUCUUGUUAGAAGACUUAGAUAGUUUUAAGAGCUUGGGGAUGACGGAAGCAACUCAUGGUGACCAGCAGAUAUUCCCUGACCUUGAGACUCUGCGUGUUGAGAAAUGUCCGAAGUUGACAACUCUACCGGGGGUGAUAGAAGCACCAAAGCUCGGUGUAUUAAAAAUACAUGGCAGCCAACUGGCAGCAAUAAUAGUGCCUACAGUUAUUAACUCAUUGUCCAAACUGGAGUUAUCAGUCGAAGACACAGAAACUACUUUACCAACUGUGCAUAGUGCCUUUGAGCUGCUGGACGCCAGUAAUAAAUACCCUCUGACAGAUCUGAAGCUAAGCGGCUGCAACUUUCUGUUCCCCUCAAGUCCACUGGCACUAUGGACAUGUUUUGUCCAGCUCCAAGAUUUGAAAAUUGAGAGGAUCAACCAUGCGCUUGUCUACUGGCCGGAAAAAGAGUUCCAGAGCUUGGUAUCCUUGAGGCGCCUUACCAUUGACGAUUGCAGUGGUCUGAUUGGGUACGCGAAAGCUGCUCCUGGCCAACCAAUAUCAGAAAGGAACCAAGUUCUGCCCCGUCUCGAGGAUCUAGACUUGUGGGAUUGUGAAAGUCUGGUAGAGGUCUUCAACGUCCCCGCAUCUCUCAAGACGAUGGAUUUGCGCGGCUGCCCUAAGCUUAAGUCCAUAUUCGGAGAGCAACAGGACGAGCCAACAUUCAAUCAAGGGCCCAGCGCUGCACCGAAGCUGUCAUCAUCGGCCCGGGAUCACUUACUACUUCCAUGUCUUGAAUCUCUAUAUAUAUAUAGGUGUGAAAGCUUGUCAGAGGUUCUCAACCUUCCCCCAUCCCUCAGGGAAAUAGAUAUUACUCGGUGUGGCAAACUCCAACUCCUAUCAGGCCAGCUGGAUGGACUCCAAAGACUAGUUAUUAGGAUAUGCCCAGAGUUGAGAUCACUGGAAUCUUGCUUGGGAGAGUUUUCAACCCUGGAACAUCUCAGUCUCCGUGAAUGCGAAAGCCUGGCAUCCUUGCCCGAUGGGCCACAAGCAUACUCAUCUCUCCGUCAUCUUCAAAUUACAUCAUGUCCAGGUAUACAGUCGCUUCCUUCAUCCCUGAAGAAGAGACUGGACAACAUCCCUGAAGAAUAUAAAUAUUUGGAUGCUCGUUACGAAGGUGCCAAGUUAUUGAAACCAAAGACAUGGAAAUAUGCCAUUCAUUUGUAGCAAUUAGUGAGCUGUCAAAACAUGAAGUACCAGGGACAUGUUUGCCUCAUUUACUGUCAGCAUCCAAACCAUAAUGUGGAAAUGCUAUUUUCCUUCUAUGUUGAUCGUUGAUCAAGGUCUGAGUUACCAUACAGGCUCUGAUGCAAGUUGUUAAAGGCAGUAUAAAUUCUGUACCAGACAUUUAUUUAUAUUUGAUAAUCAUGAGAGAUAUAUUACUAUUUUA